AUGGCGUUCGUGAACAACCCAUUCUCCUCGCCUCCUUCAGCUCCUGGACACGGCACCAUACAUCUGUCCCUUCUGCCGCCCAACACUCCAAGGCUUCGUACGGUGCACUACCAGUAUCCGCUCAAACUGGUCUCGCCAGCUCCUGUGAGAAUCGCUCAUGGAGCUGCCGAACUGAUCCAUACUGUCUACCUUCUCACCUACGGCGGUGGCUUGGUGGCCGGCGAUGUCAUUGACCUUGAUGUCAUCCUGGAGUCCCACACGCGCCUCACGCUACUCACUCAAGGCAGUACCAAACUCUUCAAGUCCAUCAGCAGUGAUGUAGUAAGCAGGCAGACUAUGACCGUGACUCUUGCGCCGGGUGCAGCACUCUGCUAUUUACCCGACCCAGUUCAGCCAUUCGAGAAGAGCUGCUUUGAGCAGAAGCAGGUCUACAACAUCACUGUUCCUGAUGAUCCUGGACUUUCUCGUGGAAAUCUCUGUGUUCUUGAUUGGGUGUCAAAUGGUCGACCAGCCAAUGGCGAAAAUUGGUCGUUCUUUCGAUAUGGCAGUCGCAAUGAGGUCUACCUGUGUCAGCCAGCUGGAGAUCGCAGACUCUUGUUGCGAGAUAACCUGAUGCUCGAUCAGCGAGCUCUACAAACUAGUGUGGCUCACAGAAUGGAUGGUCUCGCUGUAUACGGCACCUUGGUCGUUUAUGGCAGUAUGUUCACUGCUCUUGGCAAACAUUUUGCACGAGAGUUCAAAGCGUUGCCGAGGAUUGGCGGCCAGAAGUGGGACAGCGGCAGUGAUGAUGAGGAGAGCAUGACAGAUCCUGUAAUCGUCAAUCGACUUAAAAGGCAACGCAUGGAGACUGCCAGCAAAGUGCUAUGGUCUGUGGCAUCUGUGCGAGGCUGCACAGUGGUUAAGUUUGGAGCGCCAACAGUCGAAGCGGGACGACGCUGGCUGUGGACUAUGCUGAGUGACGAAGGCAGCAUUGUUCAUCAUUUUGGUGAACGAGCUCUGCUCUGCCUACGUUAG